AUUCUUCCCCAAAACAAAACCCUCGUUCAUCCUCUUCGUCCCCGGCUGAAGUUGGAGAACAAAUAAAGGAAGCUUCUUUCCUUCACGGCGAGACAAAACUGAGCCUUCACGGAGAAAUCAAGCUUAAAGUUCCCGCCUUGAGCUUUCAAUUGGAGGAAAAACUCCGACGGUGAUAUGGCGAAGCGAGAGCUUUCCAGCACGCUUAGGAACUUAAAGUUCAUGCAAAGAGCAACUCAGAGAGAGGAGAAGAAAGAAGAAGAUGUCAAACCUGCUGGCGAUUCUACUUUCCCUGCCAGCCAAAUAAGGAAGUGUAUGGUCAUAAUGGAAGGUGACCCCCAUCCUGGAGCAAUUAAAGGGCGGAUGUCGUUUCAAAGUUUCAAUCCAUUGAUUGAUAAACUGAAUGAAGCAUCGGCAAACCCUUGUCAGCCUGCUGCCACUUCUUCUGGUAUCCAAAGUGAAAAAGGGUCAUUUAGAGAAAAUGGGUCCUCAACGGAUAAAGCGGAAUGCUCAAAUACUGAUAAGUCGAAUUGUGAGCGUGAUGGAGACCAUAAAAGAAAACCGUCUGAAGUAGUUUCUGGAAAACAAUAUCCGAACAAGUCUCCCAAAGUUGAUCAAGGUGAUCAGCUGUCAUCACCAAAUAAAAGUAAAGGCUCGUUCAAGAAACCAAAGGGUGAAAAGCUGGACUGGAACAUUCUUAGACCGACAAAAAAUCAAAACAAAAGAGGUUGAACAUAACUAGGUGAUUCACUUGCAGUUGUGUGAAUUUUAUUUUUGAAUGGCUUUCAGGCCCUAUAAUUUGUAUCUGUAAUCUUGCUGUCAAAUUUUCGACGCUCAGUUUUUGUAACUGCCAUUUAAAGUUGUUAGCUUUCAAGCUGAACUGGUUUCUCUAUUUCCGACCCAAAAAAAACAUAAAGACUUCUAGCUAGUGCUGCUAGGAUUAUUCAAACUGGGUUCUGUUUGAAAGUUGUGGUUAUUUGUUACCCUCUAGUGCCAAAGGCUAUUUCUCCCGAACUUCAUGCACUAGUUGGAAAAGAUGAAUGCAUAAAGUUGUACUAGUUUUUGCAUUA